AUGUUUGCUGAUGGCACAUUUACCUCAUCUGAUAAAGCCUCAGGUUACCACACCUUCCGAAAGGUUGGGCUGAAGUACUAUGUGACUGAUGGGCUUCUGGCCACUUUUGAUGAGGGCCUGAAGUUCUGCUCAGAUGCUGGAGCCACACUUGUGCUGCCAAGAACAGAAGAGGAAAACCAAGCGCUAGCCAAUGUGCAUGCAGUUUAUCCUUCCACUCACCCAUACAUUGGAGCAACAGACAGGAAGCAGGAGGGACGAUUUUCAGACUUAAAUGACAAACUGUUAACUUUCACUAAGUGGGGCAGUGGUGAGCCAGCAAGAGAAGACAUGCUUACUGUGCUGGCAAUGGCAUGGAACGAUCGGAAGAUCCCAAAUAUGGCAAACAUGCUGUCACAUAGAUAUGCAAAGACUGUUAAAAGGGAGGCAGAGGAACACAGGAUACUGGAGGAACAAAAAACAACCUCCAGCUUGAUGACACCCUGCUGCAACACUGGGUUGCAGAAGUGCAGCACUUGCCUGAAGUCUUACAAAGUGUGGAAGGUGAUAACCUCCAAAGAAAAAAUAGAGGGACUCUACCUCAGUAUCAAACAAAGGAAACUUGAUCUCUACCGCCUCCAAGACAGCAACAAGAGACGCCACCAUGUAUGGAGCAACAUUAGAGAGGAUACAUCUGCUUUCUCCAUGGCAGUGGAUGAACUCAGGGCACAGGGGAGUGUAGGCCUCCCAACCCCUGAUGAGCUCCUGGCAACCGGCCACUUUGUGUGGCCAUGGGAGACCCAUGGGACAAGACCAUCUGAUCUUCAAACCAAAAUAAUGGUCUUUGAUCAGUACAUGCUGGUGUCAAGAUUGGAGGAGGAAAAGAAAAUAUUGAUACAGGAGAUGUGCAGACACACGCAAUCUCUCCAGAACAUGCUAACAAGUGCUGAAGGCAUGUUGCAAGACCAGAGUAUGGGUGAUGGCUGAAUGUACUGAAGGUGGCGGCAAG